UUUUUAGAGCACACACUGCAACAGAGAAAUGCACAGCCCUCCGCAUUUAUUCAUAUUUGUCAUUUGUGUGUAUACAGAACAGUCAAAAUGGGUCCUUUUGUAAAUGUCCUCACAGAGAUAACAAUGACUGCAUACAUAAGAGGAGCUCACUAAUGCAGCUUUUACGGUCUUGUUGUAAAAUGUAAAAUCUCUUCAGUGAGUGUUGGAGAGCUUUUGUUUGAGUGGGUUUGGAUUAUGUAGCAGGGGUUCUUCCUGACUGUGAUCAAUGACAAUUCAACAAAAUAAGCAAUGAAGAUGGUUUCACUAUUCUGGGAAGUGAGGAGGACAUCCUGCCAUUAUGUUUGGACUUAACCGAUACAUGUGUGAUGUGCUUUUUGAUCCUGCAACAAUUUUAGCUAAUCUUGUGAGGGCCAGAAAUGUUAUCACAACUAUAGAGAAACAUGUUGCAAACUGACAUUUGACGUGUGUUCAGGUGUCACAAUUUGAAAGGCACAUGAAUCAGCCAAAAUCAUGCUUUGCUUAUGUCAACAGUCGAGGGUUAAGUUUAGUAAUAUAAGUAAUAUCCUAGUCUUACCUGUGUACCUUCGUUGACGAAGUUGCAAGAUCAAUGCCACUACAUUGAUCAGUACUACAUACUGUCUGUAUGUCAAAAUCGUACAAGCUAUGGUCUAAAAUCUAUAAUUAUAUUGAGUUUACUUGAGUAAUCAUCGCGCGUCACCGCUGUCUUUUGGAGCAUGCGCACAACGCCGACCACAAAGCCAGUGGAUGGAUGACAUGCGUGAUGGUUAAAUUGUUACAGCAACAACACUGGGGCAAGUCGGGGUAAAGUGUUUACACGGUAUUUAAUCAAAUGAAUUAUUGAUUUAGUCCGACUAAGAUUGUUUACGGUGACCGUUGCUAUUUAAAUCAUGGGCUAAUUAACUUCGCUGAAAUAUGUAGGAGGAUAGUUUCAUUUCAUCUUAAUGUAAUUUAUGUUGGUAUUUCACUUUUGAAUACAUAAUAAAGCAUGUGCCAAAAAACAAACCUUCAAACAUUUACUUUUUAUUCUUGUAUUUGUGUUUGUCGUGGCAUUCUUCCUCGCUAUUGUCCUUAUGUUUUUAAUUUAUUUUUUAGCUGUUUAACUGCACCACUUUAGUGAUAAAGAACAAACACGUGUCCACUAAAUGCAGUUAAGGGAAAUUAAUUUCCAAACGUGCAUGAAGAAAACAUUUACACAAUACGUUUUAUUGUAUGACUGACAGCACCAGAGAUUUUGUUCUGGAUGGCAUCCUACGCAACAACGCGCAGUACAAAAAUGCAGUUGUGCAACAUUUUUUUAUUUUAUGUGAAUGCAUCUCUUGAGAGUAAAGGGUGAUAGCAGCACCUGUUUGUGCCAAAACAAAGCUGUUCUUGAAUGAGGUACUGCCACAAGUACAUAAAAUAUUAUAUAAUUAUCUAGAUAAUUAUAUCUAGAAAAUAACUAGAGGAGAGAUAAUGAUUACUUGGGAGUGCUGCAUAAUAUCUCUUUUAAAUCUCUUUUAUAUAUCUUGUAUUUCUAAUGUAGGUUUGUCUGUGGAAGAGGAUCCCACAAUGUCCAGUGAUGUCAACAGGAAGGCCGUGUUACAGGCGACAAAAGUUCGAAAAAAUUUAAAACAAGAUGGUUGUUGGAUUAAGAAAUCUCAAGAGGUUCUGGAGACUCAGUCAGAUGAAAAACCAUGGAAACCAAUAAAACUAGUAAACCCUGUGAAUGAGUCACCACCUGAGAGCAGUCCAGUUUCUUCCUCCAUCAUGCCAUGUGCACAGAGUAGUUCAGAUUCAUCCACACCCCCUCGAAACUCUUACGUCACCUCAACUUUGAGGAAAUUUGAGCCUGAAAACACACCAGCCAAAAGUGGAUCAUAUCUGGCUAAAAGUCCACAUACUGUGCUUAAGGAUGCAAAGAGAGCACAUGUAGAUGAAACAUCCAUAGUCAAACCCACAGAAGAACCACUCAAGACACCAGCAGGUACACCUGUGAAAGGCAUAGUGGAGAAACCUGUGGUCAAACCUACAGAGGAAGCACUAAAGACAUCCACAGACUCUCCCAAAAAAGAUGUAGUGGAGAAACUGGUAGUCAAACCAUCAGAGGAGGCACUGAAGACAUCUACAGACACUCCUAAAAAGGAUGUAGUGGAAAAACCAUUAGUCAAAACUACAGAAGAACCAUCGAAGACACUUGCAGAUGCUCCCGUGAAAGGCAUAGUGGAGAAACCUGUUGUCAAACCUACAGAGGAAGCAUUGAAGACAUUUACAGAUACACCUAAAAAGGAUGUAAUGGAGAAAUCUACAAAAGGACCACUGAACAAACCUGCAGUCGCUCCUAAAAAGUAUGUAUUGGAGAAAACAGUUGACAAACCUUCAGGUGAAACACUGAAGACACCUGCAAAUACUCCUGUGAAAGGCAUAGUGGAAAAACCUGUGGUCAAACCAUUAGAAGAAGCAGUGAAGAUUUCUACAGACACUCCUAAAAAGGAUGCAGAGCAUAAACCAUUGGUAAAAACAGCAGAAGAGCCACUGAGGACAUCUAUAGAUACUCAUAAAAAGGAUGCAGUGGAGAAACAGGUAGAAAGACCUUUAGAGGAAGCACUGAAGACACCUGCAGAUGCUUCUGUUAAAGGCAUAGUGGAAAAACCUGUGGUUAAACCAUUGGCAGAAGCACUGAAGACAUCUACAGACUCUCCUAAAAAGGAUGUAGUGGAGAAACCAUUAGUCAAAACUGCAGAAGAACCAUUGAAGACACCUGCAGAUGCUCCUGUGAAAGGCAUAGUAGAGAAGAUCAAACCUUUAGAGGAAGCACUGAAGACGACUACAGAAACACCUAAAAAGGAUGUAGAGGAGAAAUCCACAAACAAACCUGCCAUUGAACCACAGAACACACAAGUAAAAAGUGUAGUGGAAAAACCAGUAGUCAAAUCUUCAGGAGAAACAUUGCAGACAUCUAAAGAAUCUCCUAUAAAAGACACAGUGGAGCAAUCUACGUGCAAAAAUGCAAAAGAGCCAUUGAAAACAACUGCUGAUACUUCUAAAAAGGAAAUAAUUGAGAACCCAGUAGUCAAACCUGUAGACAAACCAUUAACACCAGCAGAUGUUCAAAAAAUAGAUGUACUACAGAAACCUGUAGUCAAGCCUGUUGAAGCACCACUGAAGACACAAAUAGAUAUGCAGAAGAAUGGUGUCGUAGAGAAACCAAUAGUCAAACCUAUAGAAAAACUAGCGAAGGCGCCUGAAAACACUGAAGGUGAAACAGGGAAGGCAAUUGCAGAUAAAGCUUCAGCAGAUCAAGGACAAUUCAGAGAAGAGAUGCCUCUGACAACAGACAAAACUCUAGUCAAAAAUCAGUCUAAACCAUCAGGUAGUUUGCCCACAGAGAAUAAAGAAGAUGGUAUAGUUGAACAAGUAACAACAGCUCACGCACCUGUAGCACAAGCUCAACUCAAACCAAGACAAGCAGAAAACCUGCCUACAAAUGAUUACAGGACUCCUCUGAAAGCUCCAACUGCAGAUUCAUCAGCUAAAGCAAAUGAAGAUCCUCUAGUGGCAGCAGAGAAAAACAGGCUGAACAAAGAAUCUGCACUGAAUGUGAAAGGUAAAACCAUGUGUUCAUUCUGCAAGCUGCCCUUAAAUGGAAAUGUGAAAAUCAGCAUCAACAUUCCUGACAUUCGCUGCCAUCCAGAUUGUCUAAAGUGUAAUGGCUGCAGCAGUCCUCUGGGGGAUCUCUCUUUAUCUAUGUACCACCAUGCUGGGAAAGUCCUCUGUGAAAAAUGCUUUGAUCAAAUCUUCCAGCGCUGAUGGCUCUUCCUCGAUAGGACUUGUCAACAUGAUAACUGACACUACAGAGUCUGAAACUAAGUGUGCCUGAAUUAAGCAAUAAGGGAUGGAAAUAUUUCUUUAUUUACAGCACAGUAAAAAGUGAUUAGUUUACUUAAACAAGUGAGUAAACUCGGAACUGUUCAGUUCACACAUUUUAUAAUAAUGCAUAUAGUUCAUUUACCUGAUAAUUUGAUGUCAACUCAUUGCUUUUUACAGUGCAGCUACAAAACAAACAAUUUUACAUGUUGUUUAUAGCGGCACUGGGUGUAAUUUCGGACACAAUUAUUACUGAUUCAAAAGAUUUCCUUUGCAGCGCACUGAUAAAAUGUGUUUUUUUUGAUGUUCAUUUAUAUUUUUGUAUUUUUGGUGAAUUUUAUGGUUUUAUUGUCACAGCCUGAAAAAGUUGUCUCAUACAUUGCGUUUUAGGUGUUGUCAAUAUGCCAACUUAAAUACUUUUAAUAAAUCAAUAUUGUGUGUUUCUGUGUCUUUGGAAAAAUGUACAUUAGAACCACCGUUUAAUAUAAAGUACAUUUGAUUACCCAUCAGAUCAUCAUUAAAUAGGUUUAUUGUACAGAA